AUGCAGCUGCCCACCACCACAGCCGCCAUCCUCCCCCUCCUCCUCCUCCUCACCGCCGCCGCCGGAGCCGGAGCCGGAUCAUUCCCCGACCGCUACCACAAGCCGCCCUGUCUCUCCGCCCACUCCCACUCCCACUCCCACUCGCCCCAGCAAUACAUCGAGCUCACCCACCCCCUCCCUUCCUCCCUCCUCGCUCCCGCCUGCACCCACCGCAUCGUCGCCCAUUCCUUUGCCAAUACCAUCGACUCCCCUCCCUUCUCCGCCCCCUACUCCCCACCCCCGCCCUCCCUCUGCCCCACUCCGCCCUGGUCCUCCGUCGCCCUCGAGCUCUCCGUCUCCUCCCGCGGCGACCAGUACGACCGCAUCGCCGCCGUCUGGCUCGGCGGCGUCGAGCUCCUCCGCACCAGCACCGCCGAGCCCAACGAGGACGGCAUCUUCUGGAGGGUCCGGAAGGACGUAACGAGGUUCUCCUCUCUCCUGUCCCGGUCAAACAUCGAGGUCACCAUGAUGUUGGAGAACAUCAUCAACGACGAAUUCACCGGAAUCUACCACGUCAACGUCACUCUUUUGUUCUACUCCUCGGACGGUGGCAAUAGACCGAGGGUUUCGACAAAUCAGCUCUCCGAUCGAGGAUUGAGCUCGAAAUCAGGGCUUGGAUUGGAGGAAUUCGGAGGGAACAGUGGAGCUGCAACUGAAGAUAGCGUCAAUUUAGCUACUCUAGGUGCUGCCACGUGGAAUUACAAUUCGCCACCGCCCGAUCUGAUCCUUCCUGUGUCGGAUGAUGGAGAUCGAGGUUCUUGGUACAGGAUCGAGAGGGCGUCGGACUUGCAUUCGAAGACGAUUCGGAUUCCCGCGAACACGGUUCGCGCGGUUCUCGAGCUGUGCGUGUCGUUCCACGGGAACGACGAGUUCUGGUACUCGAACCCUCCGGAUUCGUACAUCAGGGAGAACAACUUGACGACGGGUCGCGGCAAUGGAGCUUACAGGGAGGUCUUGGUGAUGAUCGAUGGGAAUUUGGUCGGCUCGGAGGUUCCGUUUCCGGUCGUGUUCACAGGAGGCAUCAACCCCUUGUUCUGGGAGCCCAUUGUCGCGAUCGGCGCAUUCAUCCUCCCUUCCUACGACAUGGAGUUGACGCCUUUCCUCGGGAGGCUUUUAGAUCGUAAGGCACACGAAUUGGCGAUCGGGGUCGCUAAUGGGAUUUCGUAUUGGCUCGUUAAUGCGAAUUUGCACCUGUGGCUAGAUCACGGGUCGAAGAGGGUCCAAGCGAAGUCCGUGGCGUACACCCCUCCCGCACAUAAUGUGGAGCGCGAAUCGCAGUUCAAAGAGCUCGAUGGAUCCUUCAAGGUGAAGGCAAAGAGGAAGGCGCAGUUUGCAGGUUGGGUCGAGUCGAGCGCCGGGAAUCUGACCACGAUAGUGUCGACGGAGUACAGAGUCAAGAACUCGAUCAGCUUCACUGGUAAUGGGACCUAUAAGCUUGUUAAGCAGAAGAUGAAGGCCAAGCGAGAAGUCAGGAUCAGGAAGGGAGCCGGAGUCACGCUCUCCCGCGCGGUCGUCAGGAGGAGCUACCCGCUUCGCGUGAUCACCUCGACCCUACCGGGGUCUAAGAAAGACACUUACGUGCUGGUGACCAACCUUUCGCACGCGCUGAUGCAGAGGUACUCCGACGGGGAUUUACGGAGCUCGGUUCGCAAUGUGCAGGACUCUAGGGGUUGGAUGGAGGUGAAGGAUCACAAUGUCCUCUCGGGUACAGCCGGCACUAAGCAGAGCUACAGCUUCAGAGAUGAAUUCUUUUGCUACUCGAGGAAGGCGGAAGCCGCCGACGGCAAGCUCAUCGGAGACCAUUCGACGUUCGCUUGUGCGGGCUCAUUGUGACUAUGCUUGUCGUUCCCACUGUUAUGUCUUUACAGAUUUUUUUUU